UCAGCUUCAGCGAAUUUUUCAGUAUUACUCAUCAGAGAACCCUCGAAAGUUGGCAAUCUUCAUGGAGUAAUGGAGAACUUAGAAGGUGGCUAUAUUCGAUAAUCCCUAAGGUAUCGAAGAAACCAUGGAUGUGGGUCGGGAUUUCAUUCAUGUGAUAUCUCGGCUCAUGUCCAAUCACUACACUGGGCUCGCAAAAAGCGGUAUCUGCGCCUGUGGUAACGGUUAUCACGAUAUCGAACAUAUUGUCUGGGCAUGCGCCGAGUACUGUUCUGCCAGAUCUCAACUAUUGGAUCCCCUUUGGGCUCGAGGAAGAUCACUCAAUAUCCCGGUUCGAGAUAUACUGGCAAGCCGCGAUCUGCUCUAUAUGUCCCUCAUCAUUCUAAGAAGUGCCCUCUUCCGCCUACCGUACUGCAACGAUGGUUUGAUGCGACUCCAAGACAACACAAAAUUUCUCUGUCGAAUGACCCUACAAACACGAGACCUACAGCACAACAUCACACGCGCAAUGCGCUGUGUUGCCGAUCUGCAUCUGAGCCGUACUACGAAAUCGUCUGGAGAAACCCCUACCGGCUCGAGGAAGACCGCCCGGCGUCCCCAUAUGGGAACUGUGGGUAAGAUGGACAGGUGGGGUAGGACGGACACAUGGUUAUUUUAGGGAUAUAACAUUAAAACUUCAAUUGUAUUGUAUGUGUACUCUAUCAUUAUGGGUAACCUUGAAUUAUGAAACACUUAGUAGGCCUUGAAUACUGCUAAACGAAUACAAUUUAAGCAAAUAUUGAUAAUCGGUAGUGCUGUUUUGUGCGGAUGUAAUUUUAAAGUUUCCGAUUUUAAGGUUUAUCGAUGAAAAAAUCAAUUCUUUCGCGGAGUUUAUCCUUUGUUUCGAUAAAGUAACUUUUAAGUGACAUCUUCGUGGAAAAUAACAGGUAAGUUUAUUUAUGCGUGAAUAGGUACAAACGUUUAAAAAAUAUGUAUACUGGUGGGGCAUGACGGAGUCUUGAUUAAUUCUAUUGAUUCAUCCUUAUAUGAAUGUCUCGCCCGUAGAAACGAAAUACUAGAAGUCAAACGUGGAGAACCAUCCAGUUAGCUGAAGUCUCACAUGCAGUAGGCUGCAGGAUGUACGUUAAUGUGACCGAGAUUCAAUACGGGAUUCCUAGAAGUCUCAUACUCUAGCUGUGUGAUCGAGGAACUGAUGUUACCAAUUACGCAUUUAAUAUAUAGCCUUCCAGUUUUGUAUAAUUGAUUGUGACUUAUCAAAUGAUCCAAUGUUGGAACUGAUUGUGUUGCUCUCUUUAUGACAACGGCAAAAACGAUAUUAGAAAAUACAUCAUUUGCUUAAACUCUAAAUCGAACCCCAAAACGUCGUUUUUCACCUCGAAUUGAACAUAUAUAUAUUAAGAAGAACCACAAUCUAUUCAAAACAUCCGCUUAAUAUUUUGCAUUGAUAUCCUUUCUGCCACAUGUCCGUCUUACCCCUACUAUAUGUCCAUUUCACCCGCAGUAUGGAAAAAGUGCAGAUAUUUCUUCGUUUUCCAGUUCUUUAAAAACUGAUACAAAAUGAUUUUUGUAAAAUAAUCCCCCUGGGCACUCGAAAGCCAACAUAAGGAGCUAGAACAUAGAGUAUUACAUGGUGACAAAAACAUGCUCUUACCAUGUUAUAUUUAAGUAUAUCCUUAGUAUGUCCGUCUUACCCCCAGUUCCCCUACAUGAUGCAUUCGUCCGAAUAUGUAAUCCUUACCGUUGAUUCCCGAUGCCCGAUAUCUACCCCCAGCUUUGUCCAAAGAAAAGGCAAACGUGCCUUAUCAAAUAAACGAAUUGAAUAAUAAAAUAAAUAAAGAGAUUCAUAGGCUUCAAAUACCUAGAGCAGGAAAACACAGAAGUGAUACAAGUAUUCAACAAGGAGUGGCUAAUGUGGUGAAAAAGGUGCCUGGAGCGGAUA